AUGGAUUUCAACUCAGCCAAUCCCGUUGAGGAUGCGGUGCGACUGUCCGCCAAGCGCACCGCGGAGCUCUUUGGUCCGGAAUAUUUGAUGGUCACUCCCUCGACUCUUACGGACGGCUCGAUUGGUGUUUCCUACCGACGGAAGGCGGAAUAUGAAGACGUCACAGAACUCCCCCGAGCGCUCGCAGAGAAGCAAGCGAAGGCCACCGCUGGCCGGACGAAACGACCCAAGAUCCAGGCACAGAAACCCGCUGACGGCAGCGGAGCAUCCAUGUCGCUUGUUCGACGCCCAUCUGGCGCGAAUGCUGGUGCAGAGGCGCCUAGCACCCAGCCCACAAGCUUGAUCCAGAGGCCUUCGGCUACGCAGCAACAGAAACCGGAAUGGCACGCGCCUUGGAAGCUGAUGCGCGUUAUCUCGGGUCACUUGGGAUGGGUGCGCGCUUUGGCUGUGGAGCCCAACAAUCAGUGGUUUGCUAGUGGUGCUGGAGAUCGCACUAUCAAAAUCUGGAAUCUCGCGACGGGUGCGUUGCGUCUGACCCUGACUGGUCACAUUUCCACGGUUCGCGGGUUGGCGGUCUCACCGCGGCAUCCGUACCUUUUCUCGUGCGCUGAAGAUAAGAAGGUCAAGUGCUGGGAUUUGGAAACCAACAAAGUCAUUCGCGACUACCAUGGUCAUUUGAGUGGUGUUUACACAUUGGCUCUCCACCCUCGUCUGGAUCUUUUGGUCACUGGUGGUCGUGAUGGUGUCUGCAGAGUUUGGGACAUGCGGACGCGAAGCAAUGUCCACGUCCUCGGUGGGCACAAGGGCACAGUGGCCGACAUCAAGUGUCAGGAUGCAGAGCCUCAGAUCAUCUCCGGUUCACUGGAUUCCACAGUCCGACUGUGGGAUCUCACUGCUGGUAAAAGCUCGGGCGUCCUGACUCACCACAAGAAGGGUGUUCGCAACAUCGCCAUUCAUCCCACCGAAUACACCUUUGCCAGUGCUAGUACUGGCAGCAUCAAGCAAUGGAUGUGCCCCAAGGGUGACUUCAUGCAGAACUUCGAUGGUCAAAACGCAGUCAUCAACUCUCUUGCUGUCAACGACGAAAACGUCCUCUUCUCCGGCGGUGAUAACGGCUCCAUGUCCUUCUGGGACUGGAAGACCGGCCACCGCUUCCAGUCUGUCGAGACUACCGCUCAGCCUGGUUCGCUUGAAGCGGAAGCUGGUAUCAUGACCUCGACCUUCGAUCGCACUGGUCUGCGUCUCAUUACCGGUGAGGCUGAUAAGACCAUCAAGAUCUGGAAGCAGGAUGAAGACGCCACUCCCGAGACCCAUCCUUUGACUUGGACUCCCACCCUCGGUAGACAACGGUACUAG